AUGAUAAAACUAUUAAGCAAGAAUAGUUUUUCACAUGAAAUUUUUUGUUCAAUUAAAUCUAAUUAUUAUCGUCUUUCAACAAUAAACAGUAAUAUAUUUACUCGAACUUUAAGUCAUUCAAAAAAUUCAUCAAAAUCAAAUGAAAAAAAAUCAUCAUCAACACCUUUUCGAUUAUUUGCACCAACAGUAGCUGAAGCCAAUCUUGUUAGUUCAUUUGCUAAUUGGCGAUAUAUUCCCAUGGUAAAAGAUAUCAAUACAGGAAUAUUUGAAAUACCAUCAUCUGUAGAAAUAAAUGAUGGUGAACAUGAAUAUAAAUUUUACAUACGAAAAAGUGUUGAACAAACAUAUUGGACAUGUGUUAUUGAUCCUUAUGUAGAAAAAUAUGAUUCUAAACAUCGUCAUGGAUUAAUAACGAUACGAAAUAGAGAAAAACAUAUUGAUACAUAUGAAUGGAAACAUGAUGAUAUAAAAUUACCUGAAAAUGAUCAACUAAUUAUCUAUGAAAUUUAUGUUGCUGAUUUUACUGAAAAUGGACAAUUUUUAGGUAUUUUAUCUAAAUUAAAUCAUUUAACUGAUCUUGGUAUUAAUGCUAUUGAACUCUUGCCUAUACAAGAUUACAUGGGUCAUGAACAUGAUUGGGGUUAUACUCCAACACAUCAUUUUGCUAUAAAAGCAAGUUAUGGAACAAAAAAUGAUCUAAAAAAACUUGUUGAUGAAUGUCAUAAACGUGGGAUUCGUGUAUUUUUUGAUGGAGUUUUUAAUCAUUCAAGUUCAUCUUGUCCACUUUUAUCUAUUGAUAAACACUAUUGGUAUCAUACAGAUAAACAUUGUUCAAAAGAUUCAUAUUAUCAUGGACCUGAAUUUAAUUAUGAUCAUUAUGAUGAAACAUUGAAAUUAAAACCAGCUGUUAAAUAUGCUCGAGAUAUUGUUCAAUAUUGGAUUGAAGAAUUUCAUUUAGAUGGUAUUCGAUUCGAUGCUGAUAAACAACUUAAUAAUUAUAAUAUUUUACAUGAAUUAGAUCAUUUAGCACGAUCUAUUCGUCUAAAUCAACCAUUUUUUACACAAGCAGAACAUGUACCUGAAACAUUAAAUAUUGCUAAAGAAAAUAAUGGUCCUGUUGAUGCAUGUUCAUCAUCAAGAUUUCAUGAUGUUAUUUGUCAAGCACUUAUUGAUCAAAAUAAAUUUGAAUUAGAUCAUAUUAAAUAUGUUAUUAGUGCAUCAAAUCUUGUUAAUUAUUUAACUUCUCAUAAUAAUGAACGUUUAUUAUAUUUAAUUAAUCAUAUGGGUAAAGCAUAUGAUGAAAAUGAUGCUUUUCAGCGUGUACGUCUCGGUGCCAUCGUACUCAUGACUUCAGUGAGUACACCGCUUAUAUGGCAAGGUGAUGAAUUUGGUGAAGCACGUAAUUUAGGUAAUGAUAAUUAUCAUCGAAAAAAAUUACUUAUGGAAUGGGCAUUAAUGGAAAAAGAACAAAAUAAAAAUUUAUAUAAUACAUUUAAACAUCUGAUCGAAUUACGACAUAAAAUAAUAAAUAAAGAAAAAUAUAAUAAAAUAAAUUUUUUCUAUGAAAAUUCCGAACAUCGUAUAUUAGCUUAUACAAGAUUGAAUAAUAUAAAUAUUGAAGAUAUCGUUGUUAUUACAAAUUUUGCUAAUGAAAAAAAAAUUAAAUAUGAAAUAAAAAAUUUUCCUCAUAAUGGUCAAUGGAUUGAUUGGUUAACAAAUGAUAUCUAUACGGUGAAUAACUCAAUUCUUAAACUUGAUCUUAAACCUUUUGAUGGUAAAGUACUUAUAAAGCAAAAAUAA